AUGCAGUCAUCAAUGACUACGCUCAUGGACGACGUCACGGAUCCCUCCGACUGGAAGCACGACUUCACCAUUCUCAGAGAUCUCGACGCUUCGCUGCGCUGUGACCUCUGCUUCGACAUUUACACCUCGCCCGUCUCGAUAAAGAGCUGCCACCACACCUUUUGCUCCACCUGCAUCCGAACACAUAUCAAUCAAUCGGGCAACAGCGGCAGCUUCUGUCCCAAAUGCAGGCAGAUAAAGGCAUACGACUCCGAACUCAUACCUCAGCCUGUCCUCGAAAUCACGGCGUUGGAAUGGAAAAAGGCACGCUCUUUCCUCGCUCGCUUGCAGACAGAGCACGAUCAGCCUCGUCUGCACCAUGCUGAAUCGAGCCGCGCGGCGGUGGCCAGCUCUUCCAAGCGUGCGCAGUCCGAGGAAGAGGGUCUUGCAUCCGCAUUACACGCAGGCGGGCCGAGUCCACGCAGAUCCAAACGCAUCAAGACAGAUCUUCGCAGCUCCAUAGCUGAGCCAGCAACCACAGGCUCGCGCUCGUCGCCUCUCACUAUCGAUGAUGACGAAGAUGACUUCAUUCGCGGCUCAAAUGACGAGCGUAGCUUGCGGCGCACACCACAACCUCGAGAUGACGAUGAUCGCGAUGCCGACUAUACCGAAGGAGCAGCCAGCACUCGUUCAUCGCCUUCAAAGCGGCGCGCAAACGGCGUCAGAGAAGAGUCUCCCACCGCGAUCAAUCCGGAUCGAGAGCUCAAAGCGGACGAUUUGGUCGAGUGUCCCAUCUGCAGUCACAAGUACACCAUCCUCGCUCUCAACGCGCAUCUCGACGUCGCAAAAUGCUUCGCCGGUUGUCCCGAGCCACCUCCUGAGCAGCGAGGUCUUGUAGCAUCCAAACCCGCCAAGACGACCUCGUCUUGGUUUACGAAGGGCGCCGCUGCUGCCUCGUCGUCGAUCAACUCAGACACAACAUCGAGCAUGGCCAACGAGAAGCGUCUUGUGCGCCCGCAGUACAAUCUCAAAUCUGAGCGCGAUCUACGCAAGUUGCUCGACGACGCAGGGCUUCCCACCUCGGGCGAUCGCGAAAAGCUCGUCGAGCGCCAUCGUCAAUGGAUCAACAUCUGGAACGCCAACCUCGACUCGACGAAAGCACGCCGCAGCGCAGCACAGCUCCGCAAAGACCUCGCUGCCUGGGAACGCACAAAGACGUCGGCAAAGGAUCACUCGGCCCACGUCGAUCGUCAAAAGACGACUUGGGUCAAGACUAACAAGUCGCAGUUCGACGACCUCAUUCAGAAAGCAAAGAUGGGCGCGUCGAAGGACAAGAAGCUGCGCGAUGCGGCCGGCAGCGAAGCCGACAGCGCACAACAGCCGACGACCAUCCAUGGCACUCACGAGGGACAGAAUCCAAAUUCCGAAUCGCAGCCGCACGUCAUCACAUCCAGUCCAGCAUUGCCCGAAGCAGGCACAGAUCUCAUGGCAGCUGUGCGGUCCGAUUCAUGA